AUGGUUAUUCGACGGCCAACAACAACCACUACGACAGCGAUCCAAGAGGACCGGAAAGUAAAACUAAACCGGAAGUCGGAUCAUAGAGCCGCUAUGGCCUCUACAUUAGCAAUCAACUCGAUAGCCGUUGCGGGCUCCAGUAUACCUACUUCAAGCCACUACCCAGAGCCCUUGCGAUCACCUUUGUCGGCCAAUGAGCCUUCGUUAUUGGCUUUACCAUCCGUUUUUAAUUCUCUGCACUCGAAAUCGGACCUUCUGCACCAUCCAUCAAAAUUGUCCCUUGCGCAAAAACCCAGACGUUCUGCCCGCAUCAAGAAUGGACCAAAAACAACGCCUGUCAAUACAGACGAUUUUUUGGCCUUCCCAACCGUUGAGGUAUCAACCGGAGACAAAAUAGAAGAUCUGGAUACUGAGGACCAAUACAAAUCUGCAGAAAGGCAAAUCAUAGACAAGGUCCAAAUUGAGGAGCAAGUGAAGGUAAAUAUUGAAGCAAAAGCCGAUGAAAAAUUGACUCGCAAGAAAGCUACUUUGAAAUUCCGGAAGAAAAUCAACUUUAGCAAGGGUACAAUGGAUCCGAUUGAUAAAUUGUCCGCUACAAGUCUAGUGACCGAAAUCAAAGCUAUAGACAUCCCCGAUGCUAUUUCCUCGGAGAAAACCGAGGAAAAGGUGAAUAUUCAGAGCAUAAAGCACAUCAUAAAAGCUUGUGAUGCGGAAGAGGGCCUCUGUUUUACGGAUGUUACAAACGGUUUUCCAGACAAGGCUGUGGACCUCCCAAUCACAGGGCGGAGAAGAAUUCUCCAAAACCCUGAAGAAGUACCCAAUGAAGACUUUUGUUGGAACUGUCGAGGUUCUGGAAAGUUCAUCUGUUGCGAGUCAUGUCCCCGCUCUUUUCAUUUCCUUUGCACGAACCCACCAAUGGAGGAAGAGCUCGCUUCCUCUGCCUCUAAAUGGUUUUGUAGACAUUGCAAUGCACAAAAAAAGAUCAAGAAAAAGCAAUAUGCACGCAAGGAAUCGCGAGGUCGCACACCGGCUAGAAAUUUUCUCCAGCUCGUAUCAUCAAUAUUAGAGGGCAAGAAUCCGUGCGCUUUUUCGCUUUCUAAUGAAAUUCUACAUACAUUUUCCAGUGAAGACCUAUAUGGAAUACCCCUGAUCCCGCAAGCCCUCAUCCUUGACUGCAUUUCCGUCGAUUCAAUGCCUCUAAGAAAUCAUUUUAAGGAAAAAGGAUCUCUGAAAAAUGGGGACGAAAAUAAAAACCCUCGCAUGUCGGUAUCAGCAGCGUCUUACAUGUGUCACGGCUGUGGAGGCUCUGCAUUACGGGGGCCUAUGAUUGAGUGUGAUUUUUGUAGCUUCUCCUGGCACCUCGAUUGUCUCAAUCCACCAAUGGCCAUGGUUCCAGCAGCUUCAAAAAAAUGGCUUUGCCCGCUGCAUAUUGCGCACCUUCGGCAAGGAUCUCGGCGGCGGAGGCUUCUCACGGCACCAGUGCCCCGGUUAUACAGUAAUUCGACGCUUCUGGAACAGAUUGAUGAUAUGGACGAGGUCCAAAUUGUGCUAGCCCCGGAUGAUAGCGAUGCUUCGCAUGUUCGAUUCAGAACUCGAGCCAGAGGUGCGUCCACAGAAUUACCACCACCUUCUACUUCCAGAAUCAUCCAGCUCGCAUUAAUGGUCCCAGAGAACUGUAUCAAGCUUGCCUUCAUGGAUGCCGUCAAUGGGGCGCGACGGCUGGAGCGUCUCCUACAGCUUGAAAAUCAAUGGGACUGUAAAUAUCAAUGGAACGAUGGAAACUACAAAUAUCGUUGGGAUGAUAAAAGUUGGGAUACUCAUUUGGAUCAUAGCGACAUCUCUGAUAUUCGGAACCAUCGAGGUGACGAAAAGCUUUUUCCAAGUACACCAAAUCAUCACGCUGGUAGGGACAGUAAUUCAGAUGAGGAGCCUCUUGGUAUUCUUCUUGGAGCCAUUGAGGCCGUAACCGCUCAUGUACAUGAAUAA